CUUGUAUUGCACUAAUUAAUGUGGUAGCUUAGCUUUUUAGUUUGAUUCAUUACAGGUUGUCGUAAUUAAUAUUUAGACCCAUUUUGGUUGCAUUUUAAUAAAACCCACGCGAAAUUUGUUGAAAGAAGCUAAGUCAUUAAAACGAUCUUAGAUUAUUCAAUUUGACUGGUUUUAAGUAACGACUGUAGGUGUUUGUUACUAGAAACAACGAUUAUACGACUGAAUUAAACGGAUUUCGUCAAACGAUAAUAACUCUGGACCUGCAGGCGGCUGUUUGCAUUCGAAAUGGACUCGAGUAGCAGUAAUCGCGGUUCGACAGGCGCCUUAUCUAGUACGGGUGGUAGUACCUCAGCAGGAAUGCAUCAUUCGUUAUCUACACCGGCGGGAGUAGAUUGUGGAGGAAAUCGAACGCCUCCAACGACGCCUAAAAAAGGCGGUAAGAUGUUGGCUAUUCGAGUACAAACGUUGGAUGACACGAUCACGAUUUUCCAAGUUCAGGCGAAAGCUGUUGGACGGGUAUUAUUUGAACAAGUUUGUAAGCAACUGCACCUUUUAGAAGCUGAUUAUUUCGGUUUGGAAUAUACUGAUAACCAUGGUACCAGGUAUUGGUUGGAUUUACAAAAACCCAUAUCCCGUCAACUUGGUCUUUCAUUGGUCGAUCCACUUCUAUAUUUCUGCGUAAAAUUUUAUACUCCCGAUCCAGCUCAGUUAGAAGAAGAAUACACUCGAUAUUUAUUCUGUCUUCAAGUCAAAAGAGACCUCUCUCAGGGAACAAUGCAAUGUAACGAAAAUACAGCUGCUCUUAUGGCGAGCUACAUAGUCCAAGCUGAAUGUGGAGAUUUUGUAGCUGAAGAUUAUCCUGAUCAUACAUAUUUGUCGAGCUACAAGUUCGUACCGCAACAGGAUCAUGAAAUGGAAAGAAAAAUUAUGGAGAAUCAUAAAAAACACGCUGGACAAUCACCAGCUGAAGCGGAUUUAAAUCUUCUCGAAACGGCACGGAGGUGCGAAUAUUACGGUAUGAAACUACAUCCAGCUAAAGAUCACGAAAACACACUUUUACACCUAUCCGUUGCUCAUAUGGGUAUAGUAGUGUUUCAAAAUAAUACUAAAAUCAAUACGUUUUCAUGGGCGAAAAUAAGAAAAAUAUCCUUCAAGAGGAAAAGAUUUCUCAUUAAGCUACAUCCUGAAGGAUAUGUAAGUAAAAAUAUGGGUUAUUAUAGAGAUAUGGUUGACUUUUUCUUCGAAGGCAGAAACGAAUGUAAAAAUUUUUGGAAAAAGUGUGUAGAAAACCAUGGAUUCUUUCGAUGUGCUUCCGUUAAACAUGUAUCGAGGCAUAAAACUAGAGUCUUGUCGAGAGGAAGUUCAUUUAGGUAUAGUGGUAAAACACAAAAACAAAUAAUAGAAUUUGUUAGAGAUAAUUAUGUGAAACGUCAAACAUUCCAAAGGUCGCAAUCGUUCCGUCAUUCUAGCGCACAUUCGAGCGCCAGCAACAUGCAUUCGCAUUCGACAACUGUCGGGAACAGCAUUUCCGCGCAUCCUCUGUUACCUCUCGCUGACAGCAAUUUAAGCGUGGAAGUGUCCAAACUCUCGGCGUCGCUGGGUUCGAUGGGGGCGGCGCAUGCGGGGGUACUACAGCCGGUUUCUCCGACGACGAUAUCAGCCUCUCACCACCUCGGCACAGUUAUGUCCUGGAGCUCGGUCCCCGACACCAGACCUUCCAUUCUGGGACCCUCUCAGACGACGAGCUCUCCCGAGGAGUCUGCGACCACGAGCCCGCUUCAUUCGAGACCCACUAUUACCAGCUCGCCACUCGCCGUCCGCGCAGCUGUUCACAGAGUCGACACAGGUACCAUUCGCACCCAAACUACUACCCCGACGCCCUCUAGUCAUAAUUUCGCUAACAAUUACCCUUCUCAGACGCAGUCGCAAAAUGAUCUAGGUCACGAGAUCAUCGAUACAAUUCCCGAUUAUGAUUAUAAAACUGUUAGUGAACACCCGAAACGGCAAAUUUGGCAUCGUAGCGCUAGUUGUAAAGAUCUUUACGAUUUUAGCUUCGAAGAGACAGGUCAAGCUAAACGUAGAGCUCAGCCCCCGAAACCUCUCGAAAAAGCAGUUAUAAGCUUCGAAGAGCGUAAGUUAGAGUCCCCGGUAACGCGAUAUGAUGAUAGGCCCGUUUAUAGCGCUAGUUCCCGUGAUAGUAGCUUAGAAAUACACCAAGACAUUAUGGUGCCUGACGAAAAAGUUUAUUCUAGUAGUUAUCCCGGCACUACCUCGUAUUCCCAAGAAUCCGUCGAAGAUCCCGGUAAUUACGAUCUUCGAGAUUCACAAGACGACCUCUCCCACGACAGCUACGAGCUUAUAGAAAAAUCCGACGACGAUUACAGUACUUCGGGCGAAUAUAACAAGUACCGAAAACGUAAACCUUUCAACACUAGAAGCUGUAGUUUAGAUUCUAAUAAUUAUUUACCUUCGGACAGCGAAUCUGAACAAGAUAAAAGACAAAAAUGUAAAAGUAGCAACGACGUACAUCAAAAUUUAUUCACGAUCGAAGAUCCAAGAGAUUUUCCACGGGAAAUAUUUCCUAGAAAAUCCGACGGUAGCUACUAUAAACAAUUCAAACAAAUAUCUAGAAAUUCCAGCCUCGAAUCCAAAACUUCGAAAUCUAGUAGAGAAAGUCUCAAAAAAUCCAACAGAGAACGAGGUUUCGGUUACCGAACGUCCAGCCAGGAAUCUAGAUCCGAUCACGAAACGAAAAAACCCGAACGUAGAAAUAGGAGUAUCGAAAAAAUGGAUACGCGAAACGGUUUCGUGGAUUCUAGAACAUCGAGCGUCGAAUCGAAGAGCGAAUAUUUCGACGCUCCUUCCAGAUUCAUGGAUAACGUUACCUAUCAACAUCCGUACGAUAGGAAAAUUAGUUUCGAACGUAAUUACGGUAUACAAAAAGUACCGAAUCACGACAACACCGAAAUAAAUCGUAACUUUGGUCACGUGCAUUCUAUAAGCCUACAAAAUGUCGAAACCGAACAAAAUAUUAAAAUAAAUCGUCUUCUAUCGAAUUUGGAACAAAACACCGUACCGAGAACGCAAAAAACAUACAAAUCCCAUACCGUAGACCACGAAAGACACAAAUCCGAACCUAUUUGGCCUGACGACGUACAUCCCGUUUGGUUCGCGCAUCAAGAAAGCGUCCAGAGAUCCACGGAAUCCGAAAGUAACAUAUUCAGUUUCGACGAAGAUAAAAUCCAAUCGUUACAAGAUAGUUUAGAUUCGGAUCAUGCGUUCAGUGUAGUACCUAACAUCGAUAUGAUUAAAAACAAUGACGAACGUAAAUCUUUUAGGGAAAUAUUUAUGGAAAUAGAACCUAGAAUAUCGCACGAUUUACCACUACACCAACCGAUCGAACGCACUAAAUCUGACCCGAACUCUUUAGCCCGUCAAAGAUUGAACUCCAGUAACAGAAGGAUGCUACUGAUGCAUCAAAAAUCUAUAGAUUUAACUCCAGCAGAAUCCAGCGAUGAAGAUUAUUUAUAUAAACAAAUUCCCAGCGCGCCACCUAUUAUGAAAUACAGAGAUACCCACUUCGAAAUGCCCACCGCCGAAUUCGGACAUUUCGAUAUCAUAAAAAGGGAAGGAGAAGGUUUAAAAACCAAAUUCGAAGUACCAAAAAGUCAAUUCGAAAUUUUAGGCGCUAAAACCCAAUCGGAUUUAACAAACUUACCUCCUAAAGAUGAAGAACUCACUUAUAUUUUACAUAAACGACACGUUAUGAACGGCGUAAAUAAAAAAGAUGAACCAAAAACCGAACAACAAUCGAAUAAAACACAAAAAGAAGUAAAAGAAACAUCAAAAAUCGACGAAACAAAAAAAUUAAACGGUAAACAAGAACCCGAACCGUCGGAAUCGCAAUUUUUAUUUACACAAAAUAUCGAUUUAUCUAAAAUAGAUCCUGUUACAUUGGAAAUUGACAAGACCCAAUUACCCGUUCAACAUAUUUCAAGCCCUAAAAGAGAUAUAACUCAUAUAGACCCCGUACUUUUAGAAGCUUUGAAUUCGAAAUUGAGUCAAAUAGAGAGCGAUUCUCCUACUAGCUCUAAAACCGAAAGCGUCCUCCCGCAAAAAACUAUCAUUCAAAUCGAUAAACCUACAAAGAAAGAAUCGAAAAUCAUCGAAGAAACACUCCCCGUUACGAAAUUAGAACCGAAAAAAGAUGCGGAAAAAACUAAAACUAAAUUAAAAACCGAUAUAAAACCUAAAAGGAUAAUCAAACCUAGAAUGCAACCGGGAAAAAAAGGAAAAGCGAAUAAAACUAAAGUUAGAAUAACAUCUUUUAGCUCUGACGACGAAUCUUUAGAUUCUGACGACGUUUUCGGAAGCGCCGAAGCCACUCCGACCAGAGUCGAAUUUUCCCCACCACAAAUGAGAAAAGAAAUGGAAUCCAUACUUAAAUUCGAAUCCGAAAGAAAGUACUUGCAAUAUACAAUGUCGUCUACAGAAGUCGAAGGUUCGCCUCCUACAUCUCGAAAGAAAAAAGAUAAGAAACCGGAAAACGGUUUAGAAGCCGUACCGACUGAACUCAGGAGAAUAUCGGAAAGAUCGUUUUCUAUCCCCAGUUCCGAAGACGAUUUCGAUGUAAAAACUACCGAUCUACAACCAGUUUUUACCGAUCCUCUUCCGGAACCUCUCGUUACCGUAGAAGAACAGGACAUUGACGAAACGAUAAAAGAAGACUAUUCGACCGAUAAGGAAUUGAUUACGAUAAACGAUGAAAUAAAACGAGAAGAAGAAAAAAAAUUAUUACAAGCCGAAAUAGAAAACGAUUUAAAGAAUCUACAAGUGCCUUCGAAAACUAGAAUAACCGAAAUACCAUCGCCUAGUUUAAGAAAACAGGGACAGAGUCCAGUACUUUUCGCACACGCUCGUCUAAAUUUAUCCGAAGGCUCCGCUUUCUCUUUAUUACAAAAACAACAAGCUCUAGAAUCACCUAUAGCCGGAAGAAGAGCUAAAAGUUUAGACGCCCCGGUAAUAGCUGUUAGUAGAUUACCGCCACUUAACGCUUUUUCUAGUAAAGAUGAUACCGUAGCCGAAGAAGAUCAACAAUUAACCGAUAAAGAUAGCGGAUUAGAAAAUUAUUUAAUCAGCGAUAAAUCCACUGAAGAAAGAUCCGAUACCGAUGACGGUAAAACAAAAAAAUCUUCAGAAGACGAAGCACCUAAUAAACCUUUACCGGAAUUACCUCGAAUUUCUAAACCCUUACCAAAAUUACCAGACGUGAAAAAAGAGGAAUCUAAUAUUAGUAUUAAGGAAAAAGAACGCGAUCAAAUAGUACCAGAUGUAAAUCAAGUUAAAUCAAAGAAAUCUUCUAAAACGACUUUACAAGCUAAACAACCUCAAAAAGUAAUAAGAGCGAAACCGCCUACAAAAACUUCAAGUAAAGAUAAAAUUAUUCCGAAACCAUCGAGCGUUAAAACCAAAACCACCAUCAAACCGGGCAGUCCUAAAACUAUUAAACCUGUUCAAAAAGCUUCUUCUGCCGAAGGAGCAACUAAAACUGAAAAAGUCGAACAAAAAUCUUUAUCCGCUCAAAAUUCCCUAACGUUACCCGAAGUAAAGCGAACGAAAAGUCAAGAAUUGGAAGUUACAAAGAAAACAGUACCAAAAGAAAAAGCUCGAUCUCUAGAAAAAUUAGAAUUAAAAAGAAUCGGUAGUAAAGAAAGAACAAAGUCCCAAGAAGAAGCCGAACCCGAUAUCGCUAAGAGAAUAGAAAAACAACAAUUAUUGUACGAAAUAGCCAUACAACAAACAAAAACAUUAAAGAGCCCCGUUAAAGACGUCCUACCGGUAUUUCCUCAAGUCGAAGAAAUGGUAAGAGAACGAGGGGGUAAAUUGGAAAUAAGUAUUAAUACAAUAGAACCAAGCGUGAGUCUAGAAGAAGCGAUAAUAAUCACGAAAUCUCCGAAAAAAUUAGACAAAAAAAUGGGCGAAAAACUAACGAAAAGCUUAGAUCUCAAUAUAAGCGAAGUCGAAACUAAAACUUUAACUCGCUUAGGUAAAAGUCUAGAUCUAGAAACUAGUCAUCAAAACUCACAACAAUCCACCACCAACGAAUUCGAUUUUAAACCGGAAACAAUAAAAAGUAUUCAAGAUAAAGAUUUGGAGGAAAAUUCACCGGAAAUAGGAGGAACGAAAGAAACAGUAACAGCAGACGUGCACGUCUCUAGCGACGAAGACAAAAUUAUAUUGAAAGGUACCACUUUGGACGUAUGGUUAUCAGUGGAAGAUCAAAACAAAAAAUUACAAGACAUAGAAAUAAUUCGACAAUCCGACGAUUUUUUUGAGGAGCGCACCUACCCUAAACCUCCAGAUUUGAGUAAGAGUUCAUCGGAUUCUCAAAGUAUGGAAAAAAUGAGUCUAGGAGAAUCGUUAGAUAUAAAAUAUAUAGACGAAUCUACCGGAGAUUCUUCCUAUAAAUCGGAAAAAGAUGCGAAAUUGAUAGCUGAUAUGCAAAAAGCAUCGAAUACCGUCAGCAAAUUUCUAAAAAAGAAAUUGGAAAAGAAACGAGAAAAACAAACGGAAAAUUUCGCAAGAAUUACUAGCGAAGAAGAAUCGCUAACCGAAGUGAGCGAAUUAAAAGGUGAAACCGAUAAAAACUUACUCGCAGUAUCCGAAAAUAAAAAAGAUUCUCUAUAUAACGUAUUGAGCAUAGAAAGGAGUAAAUCCGAAGAUACCGGAUCGUGGAUAACGGUGGAAUGCGAAGAAUACGCCGGAACCGAAGAAUCCUUAGAUUACGAUAACAUAAGUUUAGAAUCCCCGGAUAAGAAUUUAAAUAUCGAAACGGAAUUUAAAAAACCGGAUAGUAUUAACUUAUUAACAGCCGUAACGAAAACUAAAUUAGAUCUAUUAAAAAGAAGCUCGGAUCAAUCCAAAUCUAGCGAUACUGGAUCGUGGACGAGCGGAGAAAAAGAUAUUUCUCCGAAGGAAGUAAAAGAAACCGACGAUUCCAGUACGAGUUGUGCAAUCGGAAGAGCUAUAGGUUUUAGUCAACAUAUAGAAACGUUUACAACGAAAGAUUUAUUAGAUAAAGGAUCCCCGUCGGAAUCUGAAGCACCUAGGAGUCCGAGAAGUCCUAGAAUAUGUGUAUUAGGUAGAGCGUUUACUAUAGACGAAGGAUCCUCAUCUCUUAAAUUAGACGAUUCUAGUUCUGACGAAGCCAACGAUAUACCUAAAGAUCUUACACCGAUACAAGAAAAUAUAAAAGAAGAAGAAAUUCCUACUGCUCAUAAAAAAUAUAAUUUCGAAGAAAAAUGGUCAAAUGAUUCGGAGCUAACUCAAAGAUUACAGAUGAAGUUAACCAAAAAAUUAUCUUCUGCGGAUAAAUCUUUCGUAGAUGAUUCAACUUCGGAUAAAAGAAAAAAUGGAAACAAUCUCGAAAAACCUCUAUAUCUAACGGAACGGUUAUCCACCGAAUCUAGAAAUUCUUUAGAUACCGAAUCUAGUUCGGGAAGUAUAGGAGCAGCUUGUCGAGGUACUAAAUCGAACGAUAUCCCGAAAGGAUUGAGUUCAACUUGGAAAGCCUUCCCAUUAGAAAGCUCAGGAUCUGAAAGUUUUGAAGACAAUCUAUUACCACCCGAUCAAGAUUUAGAAAAAGAAUAUUUUAUAUGUAAAGACGCCAUCGGGGGUGAUUACUCGACAAUGUCUGAUAUCUAUUAUAAAGACAACGACGUUACUCCAACCAAAGACGAUACGGAGCUCCCAGAAGAUCUGGCAAACUUUUCGACUAAUUUCGCUUAUCCUUUAUCAACCAUGACCGGUUUAGGAUUAUCAAGCACCGACAUAUUCCAAAAUUAUACCGGCGGGGCUUAUAUAUCGAGAACUUUAUCUAGGAUAUCCGAAAGAAGUACCAAUUCGGAAAAAUCUAGUAUAGAUGAUGAUUCCACUAAAGCUAGCACACAAAGCGAUAGUCUAAACGACGAAUCUCUAGCUUCUAGUAAUCCACAAGUUAGUAUCAGUUCCGAAUCGCCUAGUAAUGCGAGAGUAUCGGAAAACGAGAAGAAAACUCCAACCAAUCACGUCAUCGAAUCUAAAGAAGAAGACGAUAAACUGAGCGAUUUAAGUAAACCUAGUGAUAAACAACAAGAACCUUUACCGCAUCUAGCUAGUUUACUACAAAGACAAAUAUCUGAUGAUAGAAGAACUUCUGCCGAAAUGGCCGAACUAUCAAUGGACGAUAUCGAGGUUAUAACAUCAGAAAGAGGAUUAAGAUUGAAAAGACAAGGUUCCGAUGAUACUAUAAUCGACGAAGAAUGCUUCGAGCCCGAAUCAAAAGAUAUCAGAGAUAUAAGAUCCAGUAGCCAGGAGAGCGAAGAUUGGCCCUUGCCUGAGAUACCGCAACAAGGUCAAAAACUCCUAGCUAUGCACGAAUUCCCUAGUAGCGAUACUUCUCAACAAACUACACAAGUUUUUAAGCCUCCCGUUAAGAGUAUCCCACGAACUUUUGGCUUAAAGGGUUCGUUACGAAGUCAAGAUUCCGAACAAUGGCCAAGUCCGCCUUCUAGCGUAAUCGAACAGCCUAUAAUAGGAAAAGUGGAGACUUUCUAUAUAACACCGCCUCAGGAAGCUUCUAAAGUCGUGGUAGAUUCUAGUACGGUUAGUAUUUAUGACAACGAUUCGAAUUCCGAUAACGAAAACAGAACUAUCGAUCCGGAUACCGAAAAAACUCACACAUACGAAAAUGUAGCUUGCGAGAAUAUCAGUAAUAUUAGCGAGAGUCUGUCGGAUAGUUUGAGCGUAGGACCAAGCGGUAUUAAAAUAGUAUUGGAAAAGAAAUCUCAAGGUUCCAAUUCCGAUGAAGAUUUGAAUAUAUCUAAUCUCAACGAUGACGUAUUCGUAGACGCUCUAGAUAGUAGUAAACACGAAUUGAGACCUCCUACGGCAAUGAGAAGAAGUACCGCUUCCGAUGAUUCUUCUCAUUCGCAUAAAAGCGAUAAAAAGAGUUCGAAAAGUUCUUAUUCGGAAGAGGAUUGUACUAGUUCCAUGGCUACUAAUCUCGACGAUGGUACGGUGAGGUUUGCUCUUAAACCUACAAAAUGUACUCAUAGUUCCCAUUCCGAAGAUACGUCUAUAGCGCUGAGUCUUUCCGAAUGGUCGAACAGUACUAAUACCGUUAAAUUUCAAAAUUUAUCUAGUACGAGUGGUACUACUAAAAGCAGUUCCGGUUUAAAAAGCGACGAAAACUCCUUAACGGAUAUAGCUCAUUCUAUAUCGGAUUGGUCUACUAGUAACACGAGUAGUACUUUGAAAGCUCAACAUAGCCCCGGUCUACAAUUUCAAAAAUUAUCUUCGACAUCUACUGGUGAUAGUACUUUAACGGAUAGAAUGUCAAAUAUUAGCGAAUGGUCCACAUCGGAAACUAAACCUUUCUUUCCUACUAUAACAGAACAUAAUAGACUAGGAUCUAGUAUAGAUAUUGAAGAAUUUGCAUUAGGUGUCGAUCAAAAAGGAGUACCUAGUCCUAAAAAUAUCCCGAGCGAAGAUUUCGCUCUAUUAUCGACGAGUUUAUCCAAUAAAAUCGACGUAAAAUGUUAUUCGAAAUCGACUGAAAGACCAAUAGUCAUACCACCGCAAAACUUAUCCGAUACUGAUAAAUCUAGUAGUUCCGUCGAACAACGAACAGUACACAUACAACGUUACGAUAAAGAUAAACAAAAGUAUUUACAAAAACAUGUACCCACAAAAAGUACAGAACGACCCGUUAAAGUUCCCAUAAAGUUAUCGAAAUGCUCACCAUAUUAUUCCAGUAGUCUGAGUUCCGAAUCUACACCACUGGCGAGUACUUCCCCGGUACCUCCUUAUAAAACAGCUACGGUACCGUUAACUAGGACCCAUAGAAAACCCGUGGCCAAAAACGUGUGUCAAGCAAAGAGUCCUCCAAGUGAAAACGAUUCCACCAGUAGCGUGGAAUCUCCCAAAAGUAAAUCCGAUAGAGAUAGAAGAGGAUAUAGGCGAAGGAAACAAUUACAAAAUCAACGUAGAGCUAGAUUAGAAAAAGAACAACAAAACGUCGACGAGUAUUAUUUCGUAGAACACGAAUCCGGUUUAACGGAAUACAACGAGUACCUGAGGAAUAAAAAUAUGGAAGAUAUCGCGUCUAGUUUCCAAUACGAAAGCGUUCUAACCGAAGACGAUCGUCUGAUGCAAUACGCCGAAACUAUAGAGGAAGGUUACUACCCAGACGAUUCGCAAUCGGGUUCGGAUAUAAUGCGGAUGGAACGCGACGAAGAAGGAUUUGAAAUUGUGGAAGCGUUCGACGUAACUAAUAUACCUCCGCCGUUGUUAGAAGACGAUUUCGAGAACGACGUUUCGCCGCAGAUUUGAUUUUAAUGUCGAUAUUUUGUAGGAUUUUUUGAUGGGGCACGGUUACGUCAUCGUAAUCUGUUUAAUAAUAUUAGUCAUAUAUUUUUUUCUUAUUGAAAUUUAUCAGUUGUUGAUUGAUAUCGGUUUUUUGAAUGUGUGUUAAGGCCGCUUGACAUGAUGCAAAACGCUAUUUCCUGACCAAAAGCACGCGCAAAUGUGUUUCUACUCUCCGCUUCUUUAAGUGUAUAAAAACGUUGACAUCGUAAUUUAUUUUUGAUAUCUGUGAGUAUAACAAGAAAUAAUUGGUUGCCAAACAAGAAUUGUACGGCAUCAAUUCCAUGUUUUGAUUGUUCAAAAACGUUUUUGUUGUAACUGAUGUGUGUGAGCUGGCAUUGUCACAAUGGAGAACGAUUCGUCCUCUGCCAUUGGUUUUCCUGAUUUUUUCGAAUACUUCUGACAAACAAAUGUUAGUGUACCAUUCAGAAUGUUGCUCUAAUGGAACCGUGGCGACAUGUCCAGUUAUUCCGAAAAAUCAGGCGUCCAUUUGCUUCAGAGCUCGACUUGAAAGACCCACGCAGUCGUUAUUUAGUUUCGAAUUUCGAAUUUAUACACAUAGAUCCACGAUUCGUCGUCUGUCACGAUUUUAUCACGAUCCAACGCGAACAAUUAUUUUUGACAGCCAAAUGUUCAUGCAAUAUUUGAAUGUAGGCCCAAUUUGCCUCAAUCUCAAGAUAUCCAUCAUGACGAUGUCUCAGUUUACGUACAGGGUCGAUGUUUUCUAAGUCGAAGGGAGUUGAUCGGCACACUGCUGUUGGUUUAAUUCACUUCGAAAGUCAUUUUUUGACCAAGAUGAAUGUUUCAAGUAAACAACUUAAAUAGCUUUCAUAUGACAACAAGUUCACCAUUAAAUAUAUCAAAUUUUAUUAUGUCAAAGGCAGAUUAAACAUACAGAGGUCGGUAUGAGUCAGACAACAAAUGUGCAUUAAAAAUGAAGUUAUUGAAAACAUCACAGAGUGUUAGUUCACUUGACUGUGCGAACCAUUCAACGAAUACUCAUCUGUCUAUCCAUUAUCCGAAAUAAACAUUCUCGCACACAAUUCGUCGUGCAACAAAGCUCCAUCCUGCAUGAAAUGACGAAUGUUCGUCAGUAUUGGAUCGUUGUCCAUUUACACGCGUAAAUCUUCGAGUAUUUCUAGAUAAAUUUGACCCGUCACGUCACCCUCAAAAAAGUACAGACCGACAAGACCCCCACGCAUGGAUAACUACGUACAUACCCACACCCCGAGCAGGUUUAAUUCUUUAUCAAUGCAGUCGUGAGGAAUCUGGUAGUUCCAGUACACACAGUUAUGCCGAUUAAUCGUUCCGUUCAGCUUGAAGGUUGCUUCAUCCCAUUAUAAAACGUAAUGCUGGAAUUGCGGAUCAUCCAGACUGCAUCCACUAAAUUCCAAUCUGCGACCGAAAUGUUCCUCUUGAAGUGCGUGGAGGAGACGCGGACGAUAAAUUUCGUAAAAAACGAUCGGAUAUUUGAAUUUCUCCCGAUAGCCGCACUGUAAAUUGGUUUGACUCCUGAAUUAACGUCAGUGCCACUGUUUCCAUAUUUUCUUUAGUUGUUACAAAUACCAAUCGUUUAGAACGCAUUGCGUCGGCAACAGAGCCCGUUUUUAAGAUUUUAUUAUACGUUUUCCACACGUUUGAACGAUUUGGUAGCGGCGAGUUCGGAAAUUGUUGUUGAAAAACUUAUUCUUGAAGCGUAAACUUGCAUUGGUUAUUCUGAAAACGCGUCUUCUUGACGAGCACGUGUUAUCAUGACGUAGACACAACUCUCUAAAGCACGAACAGGGUUCUUCUCAAUCUUUUUCGACAGCGUUGACAAACUUAUGCCGACCUGUGUAUUCAAAUUAGUGUUGCCAUAUCCCGAAACUUAAAUAGCACAUCCCCGUAUCGUAACAGGACCAUUAGCAGAUAUCUGUAAACAGUAGUUUCCAGCCACCAGAGAGAUUGGGAUCAGUAUCUAUCCCUAUUUGAAAUGGCUUAUCGAUCCGCAAUUAAUGAGUCCACCGGUGAAACACCUGCGAAAAUGCGCGAUUUCUUCUUCUAGUUAAAAUAAUGCCAAAGUUGCAUCUUUAAUUACAUGUUCACAUUUGCAAUUUUCUGGUAUUUUUUUAAAUAAAAUGUAUUAUUGAACAGAAUACGUAAUAGGUGCAAUGCGUGUGACAAAGUUUAUAACCAUAAAAUAUAAUCUAGUUAACCUCUAGUUCGAGUCGAUGUUUUCAUAAUUGGUGAAACGAUUUUGGAUUCCUUUACUAAAAUUUUAGUGUUUUUUAAAUCAAUAAAUACAACACGAAAGUAUUAAUCUACUAUUUCUGGAUAUUAAAAAAAAUUUAAUGGUAAAAUUUUUUCCUACAUCAUAUUUCGGUUAUUUUCUUUAACAGAUGAUUUGGCCCAAAAUAAUAUCAUUCCAGUACCAAUAUUUUGAUUUGUAAAAUUUCUUUUAUAUAGUUUUAUGUAUAGAAUGCCUAAAUUAUCUCGGAAAUUGUACAUUUAGAUGGCUACGCUUGAUUAAACUCGUUUAAUUUGAAUAUUCUUUAAUAAUUUAUAUCCUAACCGAAAUCCCAUAACAAUAUCUACUGUCAGUAAAUUAGUAAAAUAUUUAUUCACAUUAGGGCGCAGAAAAACUGCAUCAACUGAAAACAAAUCUUUAAAUGUUUGUGUCAUGUUAGAAAUGGAUCCACAUUUGUGAAAUAGAAAAAUUACGAAUUUUAGAAAACAUAGAGCAAAGGCGAUUACAGCAGAUGCCCAAAAUGUUGUUCAUUUACAUUCAUACAACUAGCCAUGCGAUUUUUAAAACUUUGCAACAUCCCUGACUGCUCAAAUCUUCUUAUCUCUGUGGUAAUACUAUCUUGAAUUUCCUGAAUAUUGGCAGGUUUUGUUUUAUAAAUUAUGUUUUUUAAAUGACCUCACAGGAAAUAGUCUAAAGGAUUCAUGUCGGGUGAUCGCGUAGGCCAUUCGAUAAAACCACGUCUUCCAAUCUAUCUUCUGUGAAACAUAUUAUUUAGGUAUCGCCUCACCACACACGCAUAGUGAGGUAAAACACCAUCUUGUUAUAGCCAAAUAUUGUCGUUUGGGAUAUUGUUAUUGUCUGAAAAUUUCUAAUAUUGAAGUUUUUUUUAAAUGUAAUUGAAAAAACUUAGUUGGAUUUGAGGCAACUCAGGUGUAAUACUAUUUUCCAAUAAAUCUAAAUACGCCGGACCAUUUUAGUUAACCUUAAUGAAAAAGGGACCACUUAUUUUGUCGCCUAUUAUUCCAGCCCAUACAUUCAAUUUUUCGGGAUAUUGGGUGUGGAAUUUACGCAUCCCACGAGGAUUGUUACGUGACCAGUAUCUAGAAUUAUGCCGUUUACGUUUUCAUUAAUAUAAAAAGUGGCCUCAUCGCAAACAUUACUUAAAAAUUUGGAUCGGUUUUUCCAUCAUCAGGUCUGCAAACUCUUCACGUUUAUCAAAGUAGUCAUCUGUCAACUCUUGCACCAACGUAACUUUGUAUGGAUGGAAUUUAUUACCGCGUAAAAUUUUCAUUACGGAUGUUUUCGAAAUAUCAAGUUCUCUGGAUAUUUGUUUAGAACUCUAGUGUGGAUCGUCUUCUAAUAGGACACAAACAUCUAAAGAUUUGUUUUCAGUUGAUGCAGUUUUUCUGCGCUCUGAUUCGGAUAAAUCUUUUAUUAAACCAGUUUCGUUAAACUUCUUUACUAAUUUACUUACAGUAGAUCUUGUUAUGGGAUUUGGGUUAGGAUAUAAAUUAUUGAAAAUAUUACACGUGUCUUGUUGACUUCUACGCCUAUCACCAUAUCCUAAUAUCAUUGAAAUAUCAAUUAGUUCUUUUUAAAUAAACGAACCAUCGUGACUUUUAAUAAACUUCAAUCGUCAAAUUUGUUAUUGUAGCAGUCAUAGCUACCUAAAUGUAUUAUUAUAACUUCGACAAUUGUAGCUAUAACUCCGAAAUUAUAGGAUUUAGGUAUAGGUAACAUUAGAUGAAAAAUAAUAAUUAUUAAGGAUUUCGAAAAGCAAAAAAUCAACAGGGUGAUCUAUUUGAAAUAACAAAAUAAUGUAAAUACCACCAUAAUACCUCCGUAUCAGAAGACCCUUGCACAGAAAAAUUUAUAAAAAUCGUGUUUUUCGAGAUAAUUGAGGCGUUCCAUACAUAAAACUCACUGUUUAUGUAUUUUACCAUUCAACUCUUACCCCAUGACUGAAAGACACUACUUAAGAUGUGAAACAAAAAGAAAACAUCGCUAGACAAAUUUUGUGAUCAAUAUAUUAGCUCAAGAUAUUCAUAAGAAAUUUAUUUGAUUCAUCAGUACAAUCAGUUUAAAAUUGACAAAAGACGAAAUAAUUAAAACACUAGGGGAAUAUACUGUAUUGGAAAAAAAUCAACUGCAACUUGAAAUAACUGAAUUUUAGUAAAGUUGUAUCAUCGUAUAAUUUUUCUUCAAUGUUGUUCACAGUUUUAUUUUGAUGCAUUCAAUAUAAAUAAAGUAACAUGAGGCUCCUAGCUUUUCGAAUUUAAUAAUGGAAAUUAUUAUUUCGAACUCUUGAAUAGUUUAUUAUUCCCUUUUAGAAACAAUAACAUCUUCUUUCAAUGCAUAUCCACUAAUGGAGGUUCGCGAUAACAUUUUCCAUCACUUCUCUAUUUCUUGUGGUGUGUAUUAAGGAUUGUAGUCCUGUCCACUGCCUGAUGUUGCGCAGCCAAGACAUUUUCUUCCUUCCGAUCCCUCUCUUUCCUUCAAUUUUACCUUCGAUCAGCGGGUGCAAAAAUUUAUAUUUGUUGUUUAGCAUGAUGUGCCCUAGGUACGUUGUUUUUCAAUCUACCCGUCCAAGGCAACUUAAGAAUUCUGCGGUGUAACCACAUCUCCAAAGCCUCCAACUUGUUCGCCUUCCAUACCGUGGAGAAGCACCGAUCAAACGUACCACUUCUUUUAGUGCUCUUAGUUCUCUUCUUAGACGGAGUAUAGCUAAUGUCAAAAACUUCAUCAUUUUUCUCCGUAUCAGACAUAUUUAAGAAAAUUAUGCAACAGAUACAAAUAUGAGCUCAUGCGAUACGUCAGUCUCAGAAUACAGUACACACAAACUUACCCGUGGUCUUGGUUGUAUUCGCUCCUUCCUCCAUGUUUCGUCUGUACUGAAGAUUCGCUUUAAAAAACAUCGUCCCCCUCCGUCUUGUAUUACGUCAUGUAUGUAUGAGGUUUUGCUCAAAAUUUGGGUACCCAUUGCGCCGUUAUUUUGCGAUAAUGAAGGUAUUUUUGGAUGAUAGAUUAUCAAUACUAAUGCCGAGUUCAGCCGAGAUUUUUAGAACAUUCAACCUAAGCUAUCCAAAAUGAGUGGUUCUACGCGACGAUGAUGCUGACGAUGGUUGACAAUCGCGGCCAUAUUGAUUGAAUUGUUUUCGUAAACGCCGAAGAAUUUCCUUGUUUUUUAAUGCCUUCUCACACAAAAAAAACCAAUGACUACGUUGCUCAACGACGGUCGGCAUUCGAAGAUAAAAACAGGGACUUAUCUAUGGAAAAUCAGAAUGGUUGCAGUCUCAACUGAGUUCCAAGUUGUUGUGGAUGGUUUUGAUGUUGUGGUUCUCUGCUUCGUUCUUUGGUUGCAGUUAACUUCAAUCUGACAAUUGUUGAACAACGGAAAACAAUAAAAUAAGAAAGGAAAAGGGAACACAGAUGAACAUUACUAAAGAAGAAACUGGAUCUGGUUAAAAAGAUAUUAGAAUGACUUACCAGCGAGUAUAAAAACUGAUUAUAAUCUUUAGUAGUGCUUGAGGACCGUAGAUAGAGGACGUUUUAGAAUCGCUGAGAUUUAUUGAAUUCUUCGAAUGGAUUUGAACGUCAACAACGAAUUAAUUUCUUUAAAAACUUUAUAAUUGAAUCAGAAGUAACUAAUUAGUCACAAUACGUUACCAAAGGAUAUUAAAAAUAUUUGAGGAACAAUGUAGCUGAAUGGAAUGUUACAAUGGUAGGAAUAGAUUGAAAAAAUGGGGUUUCCUUGGAAAUUGACCGUGAGACAGAUUAAAUCGCAUGGGGUAGUAUCUUUUUCCAGCCACAGUGUAUAUAAUUUAUUUUGUCACUUAAACUGAUUCAUACUGAGUUUUACGAAUCUUUCAAAAUAUUUUGCACUUAUUUUUAAAUCGACACUGUAUAAGCACGAUAGAACCAAAUGUUAAACUUCCUUAAUUGUUAUAUAUACAUAUCGAAAUGUCCCAACCAAAAUUCAUAGAAAAAAUAUCAUGUUCCUUUAUUUUAUUUUCACUUAGACCCGUAAAACUUUUGAAAAUAUGAGGGAAUUUGAGAAAAUCGCAGAUAUUAGAAUUCUGCCGGUAGACCCAAAAAAAAAUAAUUUAUUCAGAUAUAUGUAAUUGUUUGAGACAUUCGAUAGUUUUUGUUAUUAAUCAAAAUUUAAAAGGAAAAACGUGCUAAACGAUUGGUGCCAAAAAUGUGUGAAGUUUUGCGAUUGGUCUGUAACCGUUUUUAACGAUUUUACAUUAAGUAAAUAUUCCUGUCUUCUCUAAUAUAACUUUAACAAUAUUUGAAAAAUUUGCUGUUACUUCUAAAAAUAUAUUGGCACGUACUCUUAAAAAUAAAAAAAAAUUUGAAUAGGUUUUCGCAUUCUAAUAUUUGCCACCUAACAAUUCUAUUAAACAAAAUAUUUUAUCGCCUAAAAACUCCGAUUAUUAUUUUUUGAUGCCCAAAGCUCAUGAGUAAAAUGUUCUUUAAAACAGAUUCUCAAAGAUCUCGUUGUUUGUCUUUUAUGGUUUGCUACCAUAAGCGUCAUAUUUUUCAAAAAUAAUAAGUAAAUCUCAAUUUUGUUCCGAAAUGUUGGUAAUAGAUAAUAACAUAGUUGAUAUUAAUGUUGAACUGAAUUUCAAAAAUGGAAAAUAAAAGUAUAAGUGGACUAAAAGGAUGGUUCAAAUAUUCACCCCACAAAAUUUAUCGCAUGUGUUGCCUGUUUUUAAAAUUUUAUUAUUACGAAUUAAAACACCAAUAGAGACGUCUUUUGCAACAUUUAUUUUAUAUCAGUUUAAUCUACAAAGGACAAAAACUUUGAUUUACCAAAACAUAGAAAAUAUCAAAAAAAUUGUACAAAUCUAUACAAAAAAAUGAACGGUGCUUAAACUAAAACCAGCCAAUGAAUUUCUAAUAGCGUGUCUUGCCGCCCCUCUCGCUCUUAUUACAGCUUCCAUUCGUCUUGGAAGGCUUCUAAACAGUUUCUGAACGUAUCCUUGCGGCAUGUUUUCCCAGAAGUUAAAAAGAACACAUUGAAGAUCAUCUAGUGUUCUUAUUGGUGCCGGAUGUUGCUGAAUUUGCCAUCCUAGAUGGUCCCAGACAUGCUCUAUUGGAUUAAGGUCCGAGCUACGUGCAGGCCAAUUCAGGGUGGGUAUCUCGACCUCUUCUAAGUACUGCUGAACCACUCUAGCAGCGUGUGGACAAGCAUUAUCGUGCAUUACCACAGAGUUGUCACCGAUAUGAGGCAUAUAGGGCAUUACAUGGGGUUCUAGGAUAUUGGUUAUGUACCUGUCAGCAUUUAGUCUUCCAUCAAUCACUGGUACUAACUCCGUGCGAUCCUCGAAAGAAAUUCCUCCCCAAACCAUGAUAUAGCCACCACCAAAGCUUUCAGUUUGACAAAAGUUAACCUGAUCGUCCUUUCACCACGUCGCCUAUAUACUGGUACACGCUUAUCUGAUGAAUACAGACAAAAUAUUGAUUCAUCCGUGAAUAAAAUAUUGGACCAAUCUUGAAUAUUUCAAUUUGCGUGUUCUCGAGCAAAUUCCAAUCUUGCUACUCGAUGUUCUCUGGUAAGACGUGGACCUCUAGCAGGCACUCUGGCUCGUAUACCUGCUUCUCUCAGCCUAUUUCUAACUGUUUGUUCGGACAUUACGAGCAGCCAACAGAUCCGUUUGCAGCCUUCGAGCAGUGGUAUCCCUAAUUCUUAACGCCGUUAACCUCAAAUAACGAUCAUCUACUACCGAAGUUACCCUUUCGUGGCCUUGUCCGGGUCUUCUGGUUAGCUGCCCUGUUUCUUGAUAGCGAAUAGGAUAUGGUGCUUUGUUGAACUCCAAUUACCCCUGCGAAGUAUCUUUGACUGCGGCGAUCUUGUAUGAGCGCGAUUACACUAUCGGCUUCUUCAUUCGUCACAUGUCUUGUUAAACGUUGAGGCACAUCCAUUAUUAACAAAAUAAAUUCAAAGUUUCGCUAUACAAUAACACAAUUUGUUUAGUAAGUUCUUGAUCUCAAUGAACAUCCAAGACAGAAAUGAUUUACUCGAGCAUUUUUGCUUCCAAAAAAAUUUGUAAGAAAUUGUGAUAUUUUUUGUCCAUGAUGAGAAACCAGAAAUAUCUAUUAAGUUGAUACAUAUACAGAUUGUUCCAAAAAACUAAAAUUAAGUAUUAAAAAUAUCCUAAAAUACCAGUGAUACGAUAAUUUUUGUGUAUAUAACCGGAAUUUUGCUAUGAAUUUUUUUUUAAUUUAGCUACAGAGCUGAAAUCUUUCUGAAAUCUGACAGUGUUUCUGGAUCUUUUCCGUUACACUCCACGCAUUUUUUUCCACCUCCCUUGAAGCUUUCGGAUGCCUUUUUCGUAAAAAACUUUCGACUUGUUACGUAACCAUUCGAGCAUGAAGGAUUCUACCUCGCUUUCGAAUCGCAGUAAGCCAAGAGCCUCUUUCAAUGGACCAAAUAGAUAAUAGUCGCAAGGUAACAAAUCGGGACUAUAAGGAUGUUGUUUCCUAACCUAAUGCUUCCAUCGCAAGUCAAGCUGUAUGCGGUCUGGCGUUGUCUUGCACAAAUAUCGCACUAUGGAUUGGAUCGUUUUCAUCUGUAGACAGAUUUUAUGCCCCAAAACACGGUACACAACACCUUUCCGCUGACAGUGUAACCUUCACUUCAACUGGCACGCCUUCGUCUUCUCCAAUAAAUAGACGCGCGUUUACUCUCCCGAAGGUAAUGGUGAACCCAAGUCUGGUCUGUGGUGGCUAUUCGGUGCAAUAAAUUUUCUCCUUCCUCUUCAUACCGCUGCGGGAGAUGCGAGCAAACUUCCCAACGUGUGAAUUUCUGCUCAAAAUUCAGAAGUCUUGGCACCUAUCUAGCUGAAAGUUUGCGGUAACCUAGUCCUUCAUGAAUUAUUUGUUCAAUACUACAUGUGCUGAUGCCCAAUUCUUUAGCCAUGUCACGUACUUCCAAAAGGAGCUUUUCUACAGCGACGAUAUUUUCAUCGGUAACAGUUGAUCUGGAGCUCCGCAUGCUCCUUCAUAUAUUUUCACUGCGGGUUUUUGUAUCCAACAUAUAUUUUCUGAAUUUGCUGAGCAGAUAUUUAUUAUCUUACUCCUUCUGUGGUUAGGAAAGCCUCAGAAAUUAGGUUUUUACUAAUAAUGGUUCAAAUUUCUUUUAUAUAAGUUCAUGAUCGCAUUUCGUAUGUCGAAAUCUAUUUUUGUUUUUCUAAACUUUCUCAUAUUUUUACCCUUGGAGUAAAGAGAAAAUUGCUAUUACCAUAACAUUAAUAUUUUUUCUCUUAACAAGAUUACAACUAAUAAAUUUCCAACUUUAUCAUAUUUUUCAUAAUAGUUUUCAAAAUUUUUGAGUCAUUUUGAGAAAUAUCAUUAACAAAAACAUAGAUUCGAAAGUUAAUUAGUUGGUAGCCGUAUGAACUACCUCAAAUAAUUCGCGCGCCAUUAGUAAAAUUCAAAUUUGACAGUAACUUAUGUAGAAUGCCAACUUAGUAGUUCAAGUUCAGGGUUCCCAACUUAAGGGUUUCAGGGAAAAACUUUUUUUAUAACUUCAAAUAUUUAUUUUUUAUUUCAAAUUAAGCAAAAUAAAAGUGUAAUAGUAUGGGAAAUUGUUCGAUGUCCAAUAUGUAGGAUAUUAAAAAACCAUAAUCUGAAGAAAAAGAUUAAUAAUAAAAGUUUUUGAUAAUUUAAGAAUAAUGAAUUUAAAAAAUGAUAUUGCUAAGUGAAAUUAAUUAUUGAUUGCUUAAAAUUAAUUAUUUAAUGAUAUUUUGUUAUUUUUAAUGUAUUAUUCAUUAAAAAAUAUUUAAUUAUUUUAUGAAAAGUUUUUUAGGGACAAUCCCUAGUAAUUGUAGGGCUUUUAGGGGUUUUUGGUUAGCACUUUAGGCGGAUAAAUUUUUGAGGGUUUGGAACACUAUUCAGACCCACAGUCGACGUCGAUUUGGUUAGAACCAUAUAUGUAAUACUCCUGUCAGGACAGUUGGUAUAGGAAAAAACGUCCCUACGUCACGAUGCCGACAAUAUUCAUUUUCUCUCUCGUUCGUGACACUUUAUCUAUACUGCGUAUGCUUGGGAAUGCGCAGAACCGAGCUGGAUUCUCGAAGGAUCGAGAAACCGUUCUCAUUCUCUCUUCCUUAGACGGAACAGCUUCCAAUUAUAGAAAAUGUCCAUAUUGAAGUAUUACUUAUAUGUUUAGAACAAAUAACAUCUAAAUAUAGGUGAUCUGUGGUCCCUGCGCUUCGAAACAUCCAGUACAGCCAAUUUUAAGACACUAAAUUUUGCGCGCGUGUAUUCAAAUAUUUCGUUUUAUAAUUGAACCACCCCCGUGAAUCAUUUUAUAGUUGAUAUUAAUAUUGGAUAAGAUAAGAUAAGAUGGAAACUUACCUCAUCUUCAAUAAAAUAUAUUAACACAAAACAUGAACUGAAUUUCAAGAAUUGAACUAUUAGUCAACAUUUUUUAGCCAAAGUAUAGUAGUAUAAAAGUCAAAAAAAUUCUAUAGCUCAUUAUUUUGAAUACAAUUAUAACCUAAAAAGAUCAAUUUUAUUAAUUUUGAAACAAAAAUGGAAGUAACAGUGCAAUUUUCCAAAAGAAUCGCUUUAAAUAUAAUGAAGUAAGCCCGAAGACUGAUGUAAUGUAAAUAGUUUUGAAAAUCAAAAAAAAAAAACAAAAAUGGAAUAAAAAUAAUAUUAUUGUUCAAUUUAUCUUGGAUGUUGGAGUUCAAGAUUGAUAUUGAAUUUUUUGUAUAUUAUACACCCCUUGUUACGUAUUUUUAUGUUUGUUUUUUAAUUGACCAUAAAAAGAGUAAAUAGUAUACAGUUUUUUCACGAUUAAUCUACGAAUUGAUGGUAUUUAAACAAAAUAAUAUAAUUUCAAAUAUUUCUAGACAGAUUUUGUUAUAAAAAUAUAUUUUUUUAAAUAUCAGUACGUACCUCUGAUACAGCUUAAAACAUUCUAUUUCCGCAUGUAUUCUUCCACAUAAAUUAACAUUAAUUCUCAAAAAUUCCAUAUUAUCCACUACCCUCUAAUCAUAUACAAGGUGUUUGAAAAUAAAUUACAUUUGAAAAAAAGUAACACAAGUAUUAUCAAGAUACGGCACAUCAGGAAAAUAAAAUAGUUAAAUGUGGUUGUUACUACUGUUCAUACCUGUAUAACAGUUUUCAUUGGCUAGACGCUGGAACGCUGGAACGCGAGCGUAGAACAUAAAAAUUAGACAUGUCUCAACGCGAGCCUUAGUGUUUAUAAAUGGUCCCUAAAUCAAGCACUAAAAUCGUCUAUGACGGCUCAGAAGACAUUCUCCGUGAUGGCUGCCAUUGUGUGGCGUAUAUUUUCUUUUAAGUGUCCGUUUGUUAGCGCAAACUUUAGAUUCAACAUAACCCCAAAGGAAAAAGUCCAUAAUCGGUACUACAUGGAAGCCAACUUUAUCACUUCUACUGGAGAUCCAUUCACUAAGAAAAAUUUCACUAACUCGUGGAGGUGUGUGAUAUUACUACGUCCUGCUGGAACCAUGUUCUUUGAUAACCAUUAACAUUUUCUAAUUCAGGAACGAAUUUAACGCUUUAAUUUUACUGUAACUCUACGCCCCCUUUCAUACUGAACACACUGUUGGCACUACCGAAAAAAAGAUGAUCUAUCCACAUUUAAAGCAACAACACGCUGCCGAAUAGACAAAUCAUGCUCGAAACGAACAAUUUCCACGUUUUCGACCGUUAUAGACGGAUUUUGGUUUAUCUAUUGUUGAUCCGGUCUCUUACAAUCUUCUCGACUCAUUUUCCAAUCAGUUGAGCGCCUGGCAUCAUUUAAGUAACGAACAUUGCAGAAUUUUCUACGCGCACAGUCACUGAAUUACACACGCAAUGUCCGCUCUCAAAAAACGUUCCAUAGCGACUAAUUACCAACAGCUUGCUUACCGAUUGACAUAUCUAUCGCGCCCCUCCGAAUAGCUGAUUUCACGCAAUAAGCGAUACAAAGGUGAAUUUUGUUUUGAGACAUCUUGUAUUAAAUGUAUUUUUUUAAAAUUUUGUCUCUAUAGUUUCUUUGGACUCUAUAUAUCUCUAACUGUCUACUGUUCGAUGUCUGUUUUUAUUAAAAUAAUAUGGUCAAUUGAAAGUCUGAACGGUCUAACGUUGAUUGUCAAACAAUUUUGAAACACCUUGUAGUACAAAAUAAGUUUUUAUGUAUAUAUUUUUUUAACGUUUAAAAUUAUUUGAGUUCUUCCAUUCAAUGUGAUUGUUUGAAUUGAUAAAGUAGGCCUAAACCGUGAGAUUUUUGAAAAUUCAAUUUUACUUUGAAUACGCAAUUCCAAUCACUAUUCUGAAAAUUUUAGUAAUUUUUCUUAAAAAGAAAUUUGUAUGAAAAAGUUGAAUUUUCAAAAUUUAGUUGAAUGAAUUGAAUGAUAAUAAUCUUAAAUAUGUCAAAGAUAAAAUGUGUAGUCAAUAACUUUAUUUUUUCCAAUUUUUACAUUUUAUUUUUUUUUUCCAUUAUAAUAUUUAUGAAGAAAAUAUUGUUGAUAUAAUAUUCGCAGUAUUAGAUCUAGUCUAAAGUAUAUAUUAAAAUAACUUUGGAAAAAUAUUGUCGAGUUUCAAAGUUGACUUCUUCAUUUUGAUUUGUUUUUCUGAUUAUUCUUUCUUCGAUCAUAUCUAAAUCAAUUUUUUUAUUUUCUCCAUUUUGAUUUAAAAUGUGUGUUUUUCCUAUAAAAAGGGCGCAAAUUGCCAUGAAUAACGUCUCUAUAGUGGAAACCAUAAAAAAUGAUAGAGUGGAAACAAAGUUCCUUAUUUUAAAGCACUUUUAAGUGAUUUUAUAUACACCAGAAGCUGUACAAUAGAAAAGAAAAUUCCUAAUUUUUUCCAAAAAGUUUCAAAAUAUUCUUCCUUUCAAAUUUAAAUUAUCUGAAUAAAAAACUAUCACAAAAAAUUGAUUUUUGAUACAAAUAUCAUUCAAGAACAAAAUUUUGUCAAAUAUUUUCAGUAAAAUUCUUCUUCUUAGCGCAUUUAGGCGUUGGGUUGUCCCAUGUCCUCUUCAACCCAUUUUUUUCCAUUUUCUUCGAAAAUCUUCCUUUUGUCUUAUUUUCUCAAUAUUCUCUUCGAUUUUACUUUGUGCUUCGUUUAUCUUCUUCAAUUGUUUUUCUGGAUAUUCUUUCUUCGAUCAUUCUUAUUUAUGGUUCAUCCUAAUUUAAGUUUUUUUUCUAUAUUAGUAUCAUACUAUCUAAAUCAAUUUUUCUUGUUUGCCUCAUUUUGAUUUAAAAUAUAUGUUUUUUUCUAUAAAAAGGGUACAAAUUGCCAUUAAUAAUGUCACUAUUUUGGAAAACAUAAGAAAUAAUAGAGCGAAAACAAAGUUUUAUAUUUUAAGCACUUUUAAGUGGUUCUAUAUACACUAGAAGCUGUACAAUGGAAAAGGAAAUUACUAAUUUUUUCCAAAAAGCUUCAAAAUAUUCUUCCUUUCAAAUCUAGAUAAUCUGUUUAAAAAAACUAUCACAAAUAAUUGAUUCUGAUACAAAUAUCAUACAAGAACAAAAUUUUGUCAAAUAUUUUCAGUAAAAUUCUUCUUAUCUCAUUUAGGUGUUGGGUUGCGUCCUUAUGUCCUCUUCAAAAUCUCUUUAUUGAAACACAUGAGAAAUAAUUUAAUGGAUAAAAAACGGUGACAGAACAAAUAUUUCUCAAAUUUUCAAAAAUCUUCAUUUCAUUUUAUCUCAUUGUCUUUAUUACUUUUCCUCUUUGCUUUGAGUUUUGUUUACCUGCCUCAAUUGUUUUUCUGGUCAUUCUUUCUUCACGCUCUCUUAUUAUUUGUUCAUAGUAAUAUAUUAUCAUCACAAUAUCUAUAACAAUUACUUUAUUUUUUAUUUUAUUAUUGAUGUUUGCCCCUCAUUUUUGUCUCCUUAUCUCCCAUCAAUAUCUUAUUCAUACUACUUUGAGAAGAAACCACCAUAAAAGCGAUCGCAUAUAAAUUUAAAUGACAAAAUGAAGCAGUCGACUUUUUAUUAUAAUUAUUUUCAUUUUGGAUAUAAUUAUCGGUAGUUUUCUAUAUUUGUGCUGUGUACAAUCAUUUUGAUUGAAAUUAAGAAAAGAAAAAAAAACGUUUUUAUUAAUUACAUCUAUAGUAACAUUCCAUUGUAUCUCGAUCAGGUUUUUUGAAAAUAAAAUCGUACGAUUUGUCAAAAAAAAAAAA